AUGUCGUCUUUGGUGAGAAGGAUAAUCAGCACCGCAAAAGCCCCCGCGGCCAUUGGUCCCUACAGUCAGGCUGUGUUAGUUGACAGGACCAUUUACAUUUCAGGACAGCUAGGCAUGGACCCUGCAAGUGGACAGCUUGUGCCAGGAUGGGUGACAGAAGAGGCUAAACAGGCUCUUACAAACAUAGGUGAAAUUCUGAAAGCAGCAGGCUGUGACUUCACGAAUGUGGUAAAAGCAACGGUUUUGCUGGCUGACAUAAAUGACUUCAGUGCUGUCAAUGAUGUCUACAAACAAUAUUUCCAGAGUAGUUUUCCGGCGAGAGCUGCUUACCAGGUUGCUGCUUUGCCCAAAGGAGGCCGUGUUGAGAUCGAAGCAAUAGCUGUGCAAGGACCUCUCACGACAGCAUCACUCUAA